AUUACAGGGAACUAGCUCCGAAGGACCCGAGAAGGCAGAGGAUAAAGACGAUGCAGAAGAGGUAUGGCCAUUGGAGGCUCCCGUACCUCAAAGCCCUGCAGGCGUUAAGCACCGCCCCUGCCCUUCCCGAAAAGGAUUGUCCCCGCCCCACGUGGAGCCCGGGACCGCUGCAGCCGAUCCCAAGGACUCCCCUCGCAAUCCACAACAAGGUCCCGAGAUGGCUCCGUACGAGGAAGUGCGCGUGUCCGGCUUCGAAGAGUUCAACCGGGCCGUGGAGCAACAUAAUGGCAAGACCAUUUUCGCCUACUUUACAGGUUCUAAGGACGCUGGAGGGAAAAGCUGGUGCCCGGACUGUGUGCAGGCUGAACCAGUUGUACGAGAGGGGCUGAAGCAUGUUAGUGAAGGAUGUGUGUUCAUCUACUGCCAAGUCGGAGAAAGACCUUAUUGGAAAGAUCCAAAUAAUGACUUCAGAAAGAACCUGAAAGUAACUGCAGUGCCUACACUACUAAAAUAUGGGACACCUCAAAAACUGGUAGAAUCUGAGUGUCUUCAGGCCAGCCUCGUGGAGAUGCUGUUCUCUGAAGAUUAAGAUUUGAUGAUGGCAAUUGUACCUUGAUUUCCUGACCUUGCUAUAGUAUAAACAAAACUGCAUAACUGCUUUGAAUUUGUGUUAGCAAUAAAUAAUUAUGGUGUCUAAAAACAAAAACUAACAUGUCUAAACAAGAGUGCUAUUAAAAUGCUCAUGAACCCUG